UGAGUGUGGAGUGCGGGCUGAACAACCGCAUCCGGGCCAUCGGGCAGAUCUGCGAAGUGGCCAAAACCAAGAAGUUCGAAGAGCACGCCGUGGAAGCCGUGUGGAAGGUGGUCGCUGAUAUGCUGCAGCCAGAGCGGCCCGCAGAAGCCAGGCACGCUGUGCUCCAUCUGCUGAAGGCCAUCGUUCAAGGACAGGGCGAGCGACUAGGGAUCCUUCGAGCACAUUUCUUUAGGGUAAUUAAGGAUUAUCCUUCUAACGAAGACCUGCACGAGCGGCUUGAAGUGUUCAAGGCCCUCACAGAUAACGGAAGGUACAUCACGUACCUGGAGGAGGAGUUGGCUGAGUUUGUGUUGCAGUGGAUGGAAGUCGGUUUGUCUUCUGAGUUCCUCCUAGUCCUAGUGAACUUGGUGAAGUUCAACAGCUGCUACCUGGAUGAUUACGUCGCUGAGAUGGUGCACAUGAUCUGCCUAUUGUGCCUUCGCACGUCGUCAUCAGAUGACAUAGAGGUUUCCCUGCAGGUCCUGGAUGCCGUGGUUUGCUAUAACUGCCUGCCUUCGGAGAGCCUCCCUGUGUUCAUCAUCACCCUGUGCCGCACCAUCAACGUCAAGGAGCUGUCAGAGCCGUGCUGGAAGCUCAUGCGCAAUCUCUUGGGGACCCACUUGGGGCACAGUGCCAUAUACAACAUGUGCCGGAUCAUGGAGGUCAGAGCUUACAUGGCAGAUGCAGCCCUGCUGAGAGGAGCUGUGUUCUUCGUGGGGAUGGCACUGUGGGGCGCGCACAGAUUGCAUUCUCUCAAGAAUUCCCCAACGUCGGUGCUGCCUUCGUUUCUCAAGGGACUUGUCUUCCAGGCCAUGACUUGUUCCAAUGCAGUUGUGUCUUAUGAGAUAGUCCUGUCCAUAACCAGAUUAAUCAAGAAGUAUGGGAAGGAGCUUCAGGCAGUCACCUGGGAUAUUCUUCUGGAUAUCAUUGAGCGAUUACUCCAGCAGCUCCAGAGUCUGGAGAGUCCGGAUCUGAAGUCCAUUGUACAUGACCUGUUGACAACAGUAGAAGAGCUGUGUGACCAGAAUGACUUCCAUGGGUCUGAGGAGAGGUUCUUUGAGCUGGUGGAGAGAUGUGCUGAUCAGAGACCAGAAUCUUCUGUACUAAACUUAAUAACCUACAGAGCUCAGUCCAUUUACCCUGCCAAAGAUGGCUGGAUCCACAACCUGCAGCUGUUAAUGGAGAGGUUCUUCAGGAAUGAGUCUCGCAGCGUGGUUCGUAUUAAAGUUCUGGAUGUCUUGUCUUUUGUCCUGAGCAUUAACAGACAGUUCUAUGAGGAGGAGCUAAUCAACGCUGUAGUAAUCUCUCAGCUGGCACACAUUCCAGAGGAUAAAGACCACAAAGUCCGAAAACUGGCCACCCAGCUGCUGGUGGACCUGGCCGAGGGCUGCAAUACACAUCACUUUAACAGCUUGCUUGACAUCAUAGAAAAGGUGGCUGCACAUUCUCUGUCGUCCCCGGCUGAGCUGGAGGGGAGAGACUUGCUGUCCUAUUCUGCUUCUCUGGAGGAUGUGAAGACGGCAGUUCUAGGCCUUCUCAUCAUUCUCCAGACUAAGCUGUACAGCCUGCCUGCCAGCCACGCCACCCAUGUGUACGAGAUGCUGAUCAGCCACAUCCAGCUCCAUUAUAAAUGCAUGUACAGCCUUCCCGUUGCCAGCAGCAUCCGACUGCAGGUGUUUGACUUUCUGCUGAUGCUCCAGGCCGACUCCCUCCACCGCCUGGGCCUUUCCAACAAGGAUGGAGCCGUGAGGUUUAGCCCCUACUGCCUUUGUAACUUGGUAGAGCCAGAGAAGAGGACCUCUGAUAAAAAACCAGCUGGGACCCUCUCCCCUCCUUCAGGAAGUCCCAGUGUGUCAUCGCAGAACGCCUCCAUUCGUGUGGGCCAUUUGCCGUAUUCACUGCUCUUUGGAGUCCUCCUGCAGUGUUUGAAGCAAGAGACGGACUGGAAGGUGCUGAAGCUGGUUCUCAACAAGCUGCCGGAGUCCCUCCGCUAUAAAGUGCUAUUUUUAACCUCUCCUUGCAACAUUGAUCAGCUGGCCUCCGCGCUCUGCUCCAUGCUUACAGACAAAAAGACCGCUGACAGGCUCCACGGCAUGCCGGAAGGAUUCUCCCGUACAGACUUGCACCUGGCUGUGGUUCCCGUGUUGACUGCAUUAAUAUCUUACCAUAAUUACCUGGACAAAGCCAAGCAGCGCGAAAUAGUUUAUUGCUUGGAGCACGGUCUGAUUUAUCGCUGCGCAAACCAGUGUGUUGUGGCUCUGUCCGUGUGCAGCAUUGAGAUGCCCGACAUCAUCAUAAAGGCUUUGCCCAUCUUGAUUGUCAAGUUAACGCACAUUUCUGCUACUGCCAACAUGGCAAUCCCUCUCUUAGAAUUCCUGUCAACUCUAGCCAGACUGCCUCACCUCUAUAGGAACUUUGCUGCUGAGCAGUAUGCCAGCGUGUUUGCCAUCUCCCUGCCCUACACCAAUCCCUCCAAGUUUAACCAGUACAUCGUGUGCUUGGCACAUCAUGUCAUAGCCAUGUGGUUCAUCCGGUGUCGCCUUCCCUUCCGGAAAGACUUCGUCCCUUAUAUCACAAAGGGCUUGAGGUCCAAUGUUCUCCUUUCCUUUGAUGACACCCCCGAGAAGGACAGUUUCAGGGCUCGCAGCACAAGCCUGAAUGAGAGGCCAAAAAGUAGUUUAAGAAUAGCCAAAAAUGCAAAGCAAGGCUUGAAUAACUCUCCUCCUGUGAAAGAGCUGAAAGAACCCUCUGCAGUUGAUGCCUUCCGGUCCCGCAGCAUCAGUGUGUCUGAACAUGUGGUCCGCAGCCGGAUCCAGACAUCCAUCACUAGUUCGAGCCUGGGCUCUGCAGAUGAAAAUUCAAUGGCUCAGGCAGAUGACAACUUAAAAAAUCUCCACCUGGAGCUCACCGAGACCUGUCUGGAUAUGAUGGCCCGAUAUGUCUUUUCAAACUUCACCGCGGUGCCCAAGAGGUCUCCUGUGGGGGAGUUCCUGCUGGCUGGAGGAAGGACGAAGACCUGGCUGGUUGGGAACAAGCUUGUGACUAUCACGACGAGUGUUGGAACAGGGACACGGUCUCUUCUGGGCCUGGACUCUGGAGAGCUUCAGAGCAGUCCAGAGUCAAGCUCAGACCCUGUUCUGCAAGUGAGACAAACGAAAGAAGCCCCGGCAAAGCUGGAGUCUCAGGCUGGCCAGCAGGUGUGCAGAGGCUCUCGCAACAGAGUCCGGUCCAUGUCUGGUGGCCAUGCCUUGCGUGUCGGUGCCCUGGAGACGUCCGGCUCCCAUUUCCCCAGCAGUUCUGUGCCCCAGGGCUUACAGAACCCUCCGGCUUCUGCUGCUCGAACAGAGAAGGCUGCUUCUGCUGCCCAGACUCCUCUGCAGAAAGAGAAGGCGAGCCUGGCUGCGUACGUCCCGCUGCUGACGCAGGGCUGGGCAGAAAUCCUCGUGCGGAGACCCACAGGUAACACGAGCUGGCUCAUGAGCCUGGAAAACCCUCUCAGCCCCUUCUCGUCAGACAUCAACAACAUGCCGCUGCAAGAGCUGUCCAACGCGCUCAUGGCUGCCGAGCGCUUCAAGGAGCACCGGGAGACUGCUCUCUACAAGUCCCUCUCGGUCCCUUCCUCCAGCCUGGCCACCGGCACAACCAAACCAUCCCUUCUGCAGCGCUCCAAUACAGUGGCCUCUUUCUCUUCCAUGUACCCGUCCAGUUGUCAAGGCAAGUUGCACAGGAGCAUAUCCUGGGCAGAAUCAGCCGUGGUUUUGGAAGAGGGGAGCCCGUCGGAGAUGGAGUUAAAAGAGACCGAUUCCCCAACAGAGUCUCAGGAGAUUGAAGACUUUGAGGCCACAUCCUCGGAGCCGUCCCUGAGCGAGGAGAAGUUUGGUAAACCCAAAGAACCGUACAGCAGGUCCUCCUCGACGUCUAGUCAGGAAGAGAAAUCCCUGAGAUCUGAUGACUUGGUUCCUGUUGGGAUUCCCAUUGGAAGGGUCAUCCAUUCAGAAGAUGGCAGGGCUCUGGAGGAGCUUUCCUUUCAGCCUUCGCAGCCGCUCAGCAAAUCCAGUUCUUCCCCCGAACUUCAAACACUGCAGGAAGUCCUCAGAGAUGCGAAUGGCAGAGAAGGAAUCGGAAAGCUGAGCACGGAAGUGAAGUCGAAAUCUCAGUCUGAGAACUUGGAAGGAGAAGGACUUGGAAGCUGGUUGAGCCAGGGGGAGGAUGCUAAAAUGACCGGCACAGCCAGCAUGUCUUCCGCUUCUCCUCGCUCGCCCAGUGGCUACCGCCCCAGAGGGUACACCAUCUCCGAUUCAGCCCCCUCCAAGAGGGGAAAAAGGAUCGAGAGAGAUGCCUUCAAGAGCAGAACAGCUGCCUCCAAUGCAGAGAAAGUACCUGGAAUAAACCCAAGCUUUGUGUUUUUGCAGUUGUAUCACUCCCCGUUCUUCGGAGAUGAGUCCAACAAGCCCCUUCUGUUGCCAAAUGAGACAUUUGAGAGAUCAGUGCAGCUCCUAGAUCAAAUCCCUUCUUAUGAUACCCACAAGAUCGCAGUGCUGUAUGUUGGAGAAGGACAGACCAACAAUGAAAUUGCCAUUCUGUCGAAUGAACACGGCUCCUACAGAUACACGGAGUUCCUGACGGGCUUAGGGAAGCUCAUUGAGCUCAAAGACUGCCAGCCUGAUAAAAUUUACCUUGGUGGUCUGGAUGUGUGCGGGGAGGACGGGCAGUUCACUUACUGCUGGCAUGAUGACAUUAUGCAAGCCAUUUUUCACAUCGCUACUUUGAUGCCCACAAAGGAUUUGGAUAAAUAUCGCUGCGACAAGAAGAGGCACCUUGGGAACGAUUUUGUUUCCAUCAUUUACAACGACUCAGGGGAAGAUUUUAAACUGGGAACCAUCAAGGGCCAGUUCAACUUUGUGCAUGUUAUCAUCACGCCGCUGGACUACGAUUGUAACCUAGUGACGCUCCAGUGUCGGAAAGAUAUGGAAGGGCUCGUGGACACAAGCGUGGCUAAGAUCAUCUCGGAUAAGAACCUGCCGUUCGUAGCACGCCAGAUGGCCCUGCAUGCCAACAUGGCUUCCCAGGUCCACCAUAGCAGAUCCAACCCUACAGACACCUACCCGUCAAAAUGGAUUGCUAGGCUCCGUCAUAUCAAGAGACUGAGACACCGGCUACGCGAAGAAACACAGUACCAGGCACCCGGCUUCCCUCUGCAGAUACAUCCUUCUGCUCCUGCCAAGCCCCCUCCCCAUGUGCCGCAGGAUCCACCGCCGACCUAUGAAACGGGGCAGCGGAAGAGGCUGAUUUCCUCCGUGGAUGACUUCACAGAGUUUGUGUAACCCCAUCUGAUCCGUGUCAGCUGUCUGGCACUUGAGGUGAUGGACCCUCUUCACCCCACAUGCUAACAGACUGCUGCCCAGGGAGACCGCCAGGACUUGGCCAGCUAGGUGUGCCCGUGUUGCUUUAGUGUGUGAGCUAGUGAUGACCUGUGCCAUGUGACUUGGAUUUACAUAUGCCAUCAUUUUGUCUUGCCCACCAUCAAAUAUGAUAAGGAUUUUCUACCCCGGCUGCCCAUGCUGGAAAGGACUGAGGCCAGACAUUUCAUCUUCCUGUGUCUGGAGACCUCUCUGAUAGCAGCUUUCUUGCAAGGGCUCUUUUCCCUGGGAUGCUUCAGAACCAGUUUUCUAAACUGAAGAGUGGCAAAGCAUCAAGGCAGGACGCUGUCCUCUGUUCAUCACAUGGUCAGAGCAUGCAGAAAAUGCGUCUAGUUUAAAAACAGGACACGAUGGACUGGGUGUUGCAAGCACAGACUUUCAGUGCUAGAGAUCUUGCUGCCCCUCUCCCUGCAUGGAGGCCCCUUAGCACUCAAGAGAGUGGCAUCCAUUCUCAGACUUGCUCUACCCUGGCUCAAACCGAGUAGGGUCAUUUGGUUUCACACAUUACCAGUUGAAGAAGAAAAACAAAUCUUAAGUUUCCAGGGAGACCUGUCUGUUUGUCUCUUCACAAACCAUAAUGAGAUAUGGCCUUGAGAGGCGAGUAAAGCUGAAAUCGCUCGCUCUGAACAGACUGGAGCAUCACAAAGACUCCAUUUUAACCCGGGAUUCAACAGAUGAUUUGAGCUCAUGUUACAAAUCGUGAACUAACCAGAGGCCGAAUGCUGCUCCUAGUCGAUUCAGUGAUGAAGCCUCCGAUGGACUGGCGACCGAGGAUGGAGCAAGAAAGCAGGGGAAUAACUUGUCCCUCUUUUGCCCAUCCAGUUGGAAGGUACUUUCUGACGAGGGGACUGGCUGUGCACAGAAGACGCUGAAUUGCUUUCUGAUAUACCCUCACCUCGAGCCCUUCCUCCAGUCCGUGGCUUCCUCAGGCCUGCUAACUGCAUGGCUUUCAUACAAGCUUUUCCUAUUGGGCGUCUCGCACAGCCACAGCCUCUCAGCUGGAACCCAGCAGCUGGGAUGUUUUGUAAGGAGCUUUCUAACGCAGAUGUGCGCAAGAAAGGCCUGGAAUUGGGUUGUCCUUCCUGUGGUAAGAGAAGGGCAUCAGACACUACAUUACAGUCAUGGGAGAAACUGUAUACUGUGACCGGCUCGUGCUUUUUGCUAGUGAACUGAAUGACUGAAUAGCUUCCAGAGACUGGUAAAUGGUACCGAAGGUCAACCUAGCUAUGUUGGAGUUGCUUGAGAGGUAGGGAAGGAGGAAGAGGAGGGGAGCUACCAGGCAAUCCAGGAUUGUUCGGUGCCUCUCGCGUGGGUCCUGUUCCGAGUGGGUGUAGCUCGUAAACGAAAUAAAGGUGUUUGUAUGGAGACUGGGCUCGGCGCACGGGCGGCUUCUUGCAUCGGAUCAGUCAGCUGCUUUGUCAGCAACGCGAUGCAGUUCCCUCUUCUUGCUCUUGGACCCGUGGGGUAGGCCUAACAAAACACGUGGGAAGUUGGCACAAAGAACAGUAGACAACAGCAGGGCACAAUCAUGGGCAGCCCACCCCUUACGGGGAGGGAUCACUAGGCCGAAACAGUCUAGUUUGGCGCCUCUUGUCAGCUGCGAGAGGCAGGCCGUUGUGGAAACAUCGACUUCUUUCUCUGAAGUGGUGUGCAAGGGGCCCGACUUGAAUGGUGACCUAGAGGCGAUGUUAAAAUGUGCAGUGGCCUUUAAGCACAUGCCACAACUUCAAAUAACACGCGUGGAGUCACGUGGCCUUUGUUUCUAACCCCCGUGUCAAGCAAACUCCGCUGCAAGCAGGUGUCCGUCAUCCCGUUUUUAUCUGGGACACGUUCUGCAUUAGUGUUAGAGGCGCUUACUGGACAGACACGUUGAAUACAGGGUCGUCCUAAAGCAGAGCCUUUUGCACGCAUCUUUCAGGCAGUCGUGCCUUAGACCCUGGCUGCUUGAGGGGGAUGCCGACGGCUCACAAAAGCACAGGAGAACGAUUGCUUAGCAGUCCACAAUUAUUUUUUUUAUUGGACUUUGUCACCUGUAAGAAACAUUCCCACAGUUACAAAAUAAGAUAUUUUUUGUUCGCAAAACGUAACAGUGACCAGAAGGCAACACCGGAUGUCUUGGUCCAGACUAUCCAAUGCUAAAAAAAAAAAAAAAAAGCAUUAUAUAAAUUUCCCAUCCCAUUCCCACCCUCCUUAACUAGCUGAUAGGGUUCUUUAUUAAGCAGCUUGAUACUGUUGCAUCAUUGUGAGACUUAAGGCAAUAAAUAAGAAACCAUCUUUUGGUGACUAUAGCACAAAAUAUACAUUCAAGAGUAUGUAUCGGUUCGGGAUACAAGUCAAGUUUUUAUUGCUGCUGACAAGGAAUGUGAUUUCGUGACUAAUAGUUCAGGCUUCAGCUAAGCUCAGUUCUCGGGUAUUAGGUGCCUUAGUUGUGGCACUUGGAGGACCUUGUCUGUGAGCAUGUGGCUGAUGGCUUUGUACAAUUAAUUAAGUGUUGCUAUGAGAACUAGGAUGGCUUUGGAAGCUGUAGGACUGACCCGCCGGGCGCACAGGCCCUCGCUGAAGCAUCUGGCGUUUGCUGAAGUGACUGGUGGGCUCUAGAGCUGCUCUGUAGAUGCUGCUCGAAGGCAAGCAGAGCAGUUGUCUUAUCCCAUCUGUGCUCCUCUUCAGUUAGAAGCACUUGGCAGCCCCUGCACACCAAGACACACACACACACACACACACACACACACACACACACUCAUGCACGCACGCCUACAGAGCACGCUUGCUAACAAGCUCCCUUUACUUCCGAACUUGGAGAAAGGACAAAUCCCUGACUCUCUGCAUUUGGCAGCAUCCUGGCUCGAACUCUUCAGUCACCUGUAUUAGCUUAUGAAAGGACAUGCUAAUUCCUCUGGCUUUCAGUUCACCACGGCCUCUGACCUAUGGGACUUUCUGCUCCCUAGAGUGACCACGCUAAUAACUUCCAUUUAAAUGACCCCAUUCAAGGCUUUGCGGGGGGGGGUAACCUAUUGUAAUGAGCCUUGAGAGGCUGAGCCUUGAAGAAAGCGUCUUAAUUUUGCUUUUUAACUCGCAGCUUCCGUGAGAUGGGCCGUUAGCAAGCACAUGGGACAGUCUGCCGUGGCACCCGGUCCCUGUAAUCUUGGUGAUACUGCUGGCUGACAGGCCUUCAUUUCUGAGACUCGUUAUUCACCUUACUGUACUACUUUUAACUCUCAAGUGUAAAUCCCUGCCCUCUACACCAUCUUGAUACAACCGUGCCGUUGUAUUUGGCCAGCCCAGACAGACCCAUUCCCUGUGCAGGGGUGGGAUCCCUCCCUAAGUGUUGCCCCGUUUGGCGGGUAAGUGGUGUCAGCCGUCCUGGUGCCAUAGUGGCCACGAAUAUUUACAAGCAGCGAGGGUGGCUGUCACUGCAUCCCGUCCGGCUUGGCCUUUCCAAGCGGUGGCCUCUGGGCUGCACACGUUACCGUUAGCAAUGGGGGAGACAGGCCUGGCUUUAACCAUCGUGUUUCCCAAACCCACUAUCUUCCAGCCUCGCUACCUUCCCAGUGGGAAGAGGGGUGGUCCAGCUGGCAGAGGUUGGGGGUGGGGGGUGUAACCAAGAGCUUGCAGGGCCCAGAGGGGUUGAAGGGUUGCAGUAGAAGCAAGAGGAUACGUCACGCUUGCGUCCUUCACUUGCAGCAUCAGGUUGGGGCCGUUGUAAGGAGUCCUGGAGCUGAUGCAGUUGGGCUCUAGCGUGACAAGUAGUGAAACCCUGCUUGGAAGCCACCCAGCCUCUGUGGGACGCACUGUGAGGAUCCACAGCCUGGCUUGUGCCUCUCCUGCCCGUGACAUGCUCCCACCCUGCCUUUCCAGCUGGCCUCUGUCCCUCUCCACCUGCCAUCUCGGACGUCCCGAGGAUGUCACUUCUACCAUCGGCUCUGCGAAGAGAGCCUGUGGCAACUAUUUCCACUUCCUCCUGUCUGCGCUCUACCUACGUCCAUACUUCACAUUAAAUCAACAUAGCCUUUUGGCUAAAGAUAGCCACCCUCAUCCUCGUCAUAACACUGAGGCUUGCCCCCCGCCGGCGCCUUCCAAAACCUCUUGCUGGAUCCUGCUAUCUGCGCAACAAGGACAAACUUCAGGGCUUGGCUGCUCAUGAACACCCACGCUUGCUGGGUUUGUGUGUCUGCGGAGAGGGAAGAACAGAGCAAGGGAAGAGAGAGCCUGGGUGUCCCCCGAUGGCUGUGCCUUGACCUGCAAGGCAUCGGACACCCGGCAUGAAGCACAAAGCGUCAGGAGCUGGUUACUGAGAAUAAAGUGCAAAGAGGUGAUAAGAGCAAACUGCUCUGGAAGUGUCCUGGGAGGGAAGCCCCUCUCUCUAGCCCCUAAAAGUGCUUGGCUGGAAAGGAGCGUGCAAUUCCCCUGCUGCGGGUGUUCUCCUCCUCUGGGUGGGGGAGCUCUGGCGUGAUCCACCGGCGUCCCAAGAGAUGUAGCUGGAGAAGCGAGAUGCGGCCGAGUCCAAGGCACCACCUGUACCAUCGAGAACGGCCCCCGCUGCGAUCGGCCUUUCGUUUCCCAGGGCUCCUGUAGAGCACCGGUGCAUUUCGGGAGCAUCAAGCGGGGUACGGGGAAGAGACCAGCUAAGUGCAUCGUGAGAUCCCACCGCCCCUCGGCUCCAGCUGUAGGGUCGGACCUAGUGCCGGACUGGCCUGAGCCUGGCGUGGCCGAGAGCACGCGCACCCCACGCGCUCGGACACCUAAUACUUUAUAUACAACGAACAUUCCCGGAAGAAGCACUUCAUACAUCCUUUAAAUAACUCUGACAAUAGUGUUCUGUCUCCUAUCUACAGGUUUCAAACACGGUACCGAUGCUAUGAAAAUAUAGCAAACAUACAAAAAUAUAUACAUUUAAAAACCCCGUAUAAAUUACUUACAAUAAUACAUAAGGCCAAAGAGCAGCGGGGACGUGAACGCAGGCCGGGGGGUGGUCUCUGCCAGGGAAGGUUUGCUGAUGUUCUGCACCACUUGGCGCAGCUGGGAAGAAUUUGGGGGAAGGAUGGGGCUGGCCGGGACCGACACAUGGGUGUUGCCUGGUCCUGGUAGGAGAAGGGGCCGUGAGCUGCCUGCACGACGUAGGAAGCAGAGCCCAGCUGCUACUCUACGCCGCGGCCUGCGGUUUAAGCUGGAGGGGUGGGAGAGAGUCGGAGCAGGGAGCCCGACCGUCAUCCCGUCUCAGACGGAGGCAGACGGUCAAGCAAAUUGUGCUUGCUUUCCACCGGAGAGGAGCUCCUGCCUUCCCCUCGCGCUUCUGGUUGCUGAAUGGAGCCUCUUGGCCUCCUUGCUAAGGGAGGGUCUGGGCUUGGCUCGCUGGCACCCAGUCCCGGGCAGAGGUUGUUUCAGCUGCGGGGCGGAGGGGAGAGGGCUGCGUUCACAUCACCGUUUGCUCGUUCAGCUUACGAUUUAAAAAAAAAAUACUGCUUUCGUGAUAUAUUAUCCCGUUCUUGUUAAGGUCGCGUGUGUCGUCAGCCAAGGAAAGCAUUGUUUAAAGUGCUGGGCAGUACAUACGAAAAAGUAAACCGAAAAAAUACAUAUACUUAUGUCAAUACAUUCCUUCAACGACCAAACCAAGCCAUCGACGCAACGCGCCCCCCCAAGCCCAGCCGCCGGGCGCGGGGGACGCCGGCGGGGCAGGGGGACCGCAGCGAAGCCAGCGCUCCGGUACCCGUCUCGCUAAGGGACUGAUCGAACGAGUCCCCUGGUUGAGCUGGUGCCGUUACCACCUCCACAACGGGCUGGUUUCCAUGGGCGGCAGCUUAAUGCGGAUUUUGUUGGAAUUCAGCUUUUUUUUUUUUUCCUCUCUCCCUUUUUUUUUUUUUUUUUUAUAUCAAAUGUCAUUAAAUA